UAGGAACGGAUGUUAUGGGGAUACCCGUACGCAAGAAUAGUAGCAGUGUUGUCUGACUGGCUACUACCUGCAGGCUCAUCUUAGCGUAUAGUUCGUACGGAUGGUAGAGACCUACAAAGACGCCGCAUUGCCUUCAGCACCUCCUGCUAGUUCGAGACGUUUCGUGAUUGUCGUCGUUGUCCAUUCUGCUCUGUUCGUGCUGUGAGCAUAUACCUAUCAUUUGACUUGACAGCUUGCUGGCCUCAAGCUUUUCCCUAAUCAUCCACCAUGGCGUCGCUUAUCUUGUACCUUUCUGCAACUGUGCUGUUUGCUCAGUCAACAAUUGCCUUCAACUGCUCGAGGAAACCGAUAUAUGUCGAUAUCCAUAAACGCGCCGUCCACGACUCUCCAGUCUUUCAGUACGGAUCAUUCAUCGGACUAGGAACACCAGCACAGAACCAAAGUCUAUGGCCCUCGUUAGCACAGAACCACACUUCUUUCGCAUCACACGUCUACUGCAAAGAUAAUAGCACGCUUAAGAACUGUGACCGAUCAACUGGAGGCUUCUUCAACCAACAAGAGUCAACAACGUUCACUGAGAGCAAGAACUUCAAAUCAUUAGAUGUAGCUGGCACGGAUUUCAAGGGUUUCUACGGCCAAGAGACUUUACGAUUAUACACACACUUCUUCGAAACCGAUGGCGCAUCGCAAACGCUCGUGGAGAACUCAACCGUCGAAGUCGCCGAACAGGGCUCAAUAACGCCCGGUAGAGUAGGUGUAGGAUCGUCUUCAACGCUGUUGCGUGAUCUUUCUGCUCGGGAUAUGAUUGCUGGUAAAACAUAUUCGCUAUAUAUUGGGCAGGGAUUUGCUCGUGCUGGAGGCUCAGUCAACGGCAGCAAUGUCUUUGGUGGAUACGAUUCCGGACGCUUCACAGGAGUUCCUCACAAGUAUCAAAUGAACAUUGCGAACAGCAAUCCGAUGAGCGUGCGGAUUAAAGACAUCGUCAUCACCGACUCGAAAGGUAACGCCAACGUCUCACUUUUCGACAACAAGGUUUUCACCGAUAUGAAGUCGACACCUUCGGACUUUGAAGGCCAGAUUACCACUGAGCAAUUCCCAAUCUCGCUUCCAUACCAGAUCACGAAGAAUUUCAUCUCCCGACUAGGCGCGGAAAAGGACAACACAUGGGGCGACAACUCCUUGAGGCUGAAGAACGCCUUUAAUGGCACGCUGUCAAUUGUCCUCGAAGAUGGCUUUACCGUCACACUACCGCCAGAAGUCCUCAUGAACGCCUCAAACAUCACACCCAUCCAAGACCGCGACGAAAAGUCCACCGCCCCAUUCUACCUCGGCUCCGCCUUCCUUGGCCAAGUCUACCUCAUGGCCGACUAUGAGUCCAACAACUUCUUCCUCGCCCCAGCAGUCCAGAAAAACAACAUGGUCAUGCCCCAAACUUUCUGCCCCAAAACCACACCUGAAGCAUACGUGCGUCCCAACCAAAACCAAUGGCAACGGCAAGGUCUGGUAGGCGCGGUUGUUGGCGGAGUGGUUGGUGGCAUGGGCGCAAUUGCAGCAUUAUAUUGUUUGUAUAUUACGUGGAUGAGGAAGAAGGAUGAGAGGAAGCUGAAGAAGGAAUUGAGGAAGAAUCGGGAAAGUAAGAUGGAGCAGAUGGAUGUUGAGGAAGCGCCUAGCUUUGACCCACCGCCAAAGAAUGCCGCUAAGGCUAUUUUCUGGAGGAGGAAUAAGAUGUGAACGAAUAGAUAGUAUGGUGG